AUGGCUGCGGAAAACACCGACGACGAGCCUCUGCGCACGCCGGCGCGCGACCAUCAUGACGACGACGGCGGUCCGCAGCCCGCAGCCAGCGACGAGCGAAACAACACGGCCGUCGAGCCCGACGGCGACGGCGACGACGACGACGACAUGGACGAGGAGCCCAAGCUCAAGUACAGUCGCCUCACGCGCGACCUGGGCCCCGUCUACCGGAAUGGCGACGCGACCGCCACCUUUGUCGUCGCGGGCGACAAGAUGUGCCUCCACCGAGUAUGUAUCGCUCGCCGCCGGACACAUGCUAAGCAGUCUACGCAGAUUGUCGGCACCCACAAUGGCAACAUCCACGCCUUCAGCAUUCCCGCAUUCCAGAUCCUGCGCACCUACAAUGCCCAUCCCGCCGCCUCAGUCACCUCCCUCUCCGUGUCGCCGCUCCUCGCCUCGCAGCCCUUUGUGCCCUCCGCCUCGGAUCUGAGGUCCGCCGACCAGACGACCGCAUCCUCGCGCCGGACCGACUCGCCAGCCGGCAACGCUUCUCCUCGCACGCCGCGCCAAGCCCAGGUGCCAAACACGCCCUCGAACCAGAUCUACAUUGCUUCGUCUUCUAUCGACGGCCAUGUCUGCGUGUCGUCGCUCGUCGACCCCAAGGACGUCACCCUGCGCAACUUUGGCCGUCCGGUGCAAGCGGUCGCUCUCUCGCCCGACUACAAGAACGACCGCUCGUACCUGUCUGGAGGGCUGGCUGGCGAGCUGAUCCACACCGUCGGAGGCCCAAUCGGCGUGCGGUCCAAUGCCAACACCAGUGCGGCAUCGCAGGCGGCACACGGCUGGCUGGGAGCAAUAGGUCUUGGCGGACACGGAGGCCGGGAUACCAUCCUGCACUCUGGAGAAGGCACCAUUACUGCCAUCAAGUGGUCGCUUUCUGGCAGGUACGUGGCAUGGUCGAAUGAACAUGGUGUCCGCCUCAUGCGGACGGACCUGCACCUGGACAGCGCCGACUCGGAGGACGCCUGGAAGAGGAUCGGCAUUGUUGAAAAGCCAAACCGCCGCAUUUGGCAAGACAUGGCCAGCGUGUGGAAGGCGCGAAUAGAAUGGAUAGACGACCAGUCGCUCGAGUCGGACGAUGAUGCUAUUAUGAGUAUGAACGGCCACCAUCUUGCAGACAAGGCGGAUGCCACGCUCCCGCAUAACCGAUCUGCGCAGCCUACCAAGGCAGGGCCCAAGAAGAACUUCGAGAAACUCAUCAUAGGAUGGGGAGACACCGCUUGGAUUGUUCACGUGCACCCUGGAGGAGCAGCUGGUGUCGGCCGCCAUGCGGGGGAGAGAUCGGUCGGGAGCGCCGAUGUCAUCCGCUGCAUUCAUUUCGACGACUGUAUUGUUUCUGGCAUUUCGCUCUAUACCCCUUCUUUACUUCUUGUUCUUGCAUACCGGACGCGCGACGAUGAUGACAACCCCGUCUCUGGACCAGACACAACUCCUCGGGGAGGAAGACAGCGUCGCACAAAUGGCCUCUCCCCGGAACUCAAACUUAUAGAUGCUGCGACGUCGGACGAGGUCGAAGUCGAUUCUUUGACCGUCAGCAGAUACGAGAGCCUCUCAGCAGCCGACUACCAUUUGGGCACGCUAUACGUGCCACACCCCAAGGUAAUGACUCCGGCCCAGAGAAGCGCAUUGGAAGCUAUUGGCGGAGGAAUAUGGGAUGUCGGUGCUAGUGCAGCGCGCAUAUUCAGCUCGGGGGCCAGCGUAAUGAACCUCCAAAUCGGCUCUGACAAGCCGCCCUCCAGAGCGCCAUCCAUGUCGUCGGCCAGCGCCGGGAACGCUGCUAGUGUAACAUCUAUGAGGCGCCAACCGCAGGCACACCCCAAUGCUGCUAGUGCGGGUCUAAAGGUUUUCAUUCAAAGUCCGUACGAUUGUGUCUUGGCCAUCAAGCGAGAGCUCUCAGAUCACUUCCAAUGGGAACUGGAGCAUGAAAACUACAAGGAUGCAUGGGAACUACUAGAGGACCACCCCGAGAUUAUUACGUCCGUCGCGCAGCUACCCUCAGAUGCCUCUGACCCCGGUACACCGAUAAAGCAGCAUGGGAGCCUACAUGAAUUCUUCGCCGAUGACAACGAUUCUCAGACGACAUUGUCUGCCACGCGGGCCAACCAGAACUCGGCGGUAGAGAAGGAGAAGCGUCGAAUCGGAGAUUUAUGGGUACAGCAGCUUGUCAACGCCGGCGACUGGAAACAAGCGGGCAAGGUUGCUGGACGCGUGUUGGGAACUUCUGCGCGGUGGGAACACUGGGUGUGGAAGUUUGCACAGACAAAUCAUUUCAACGAGAUUUCUCCAUAUGUCCCCAAGAAGCCGAUACAACCGCCUCUGCCGUCGAUGGUAUACGAGGUAAUCCUGGGGCACUACAUCAUUCACGACCGCAUACGCUUCAAGCAUCUGCUCGAGGAUUGGGAUCCCGAUCUCUUUGACAUUAAUAGUGUCAUUGAGGCUAUCAAGAGCAAGCUCUCUGCCGGCGAUGUCACUGAAGAAUCUGUCGAAGGCGAUGUACAAGGCCGAGAUUGGCGAAUACUACAAGACGGUCUGGCGAAGCUGUACCUGGCAAGUGGCCGGCAAAGAGAGGCACUGCGCUGCUACAUCCGUCUGCAAAACGCAGACGCGGCUAUGACUCUGAUACGGGAUUUCCACCUUGUAGAAGCCGUGCGUGACGACAUCCCGGGCUUCAUCAUGAUGGGAGUCUCCAAAGAACUGAUGAAGUCGGCGUCAACCAAGUUGGACGAGCUGGAAGAGGCAUCGUCAGAAGCUAUCAACGUCCUUGUUGAGGAGGGCUGCCGAGGUACCAUCCCAGCAAGCGAUGUCGAGAGCCAACUGCAAGCAAAGAGUCCAUCAUUCAGGCCCUUUUUGCAUUUCUAUCUGCGGAAACUUUGGAAGCCGGAGAUGCACGAGCGAACUGCUAAGACGGCCAAAGAGCGGGUGGCCGAGGACCGUUUGGUAGCUGAUGGCAAACUUGUCGCCGAAGAGUUUGGAGACCUUAUUGUCGAGCUGUUUGCCGAGUAUGAUCGACCGCUGCUGAUGGAGUACCUUCGCAAAUCUCAGAGCUACGACCUGAGCAAGGCCACUGCAGAGUGUGAGAGGAGAGAGUACAUUCCAGAACUUGUACAUAUCCUCUCAAAGACAGGUCAAACGAAGCGUGCUCUGUACCUCAUCAUCGAGAAGCUUUCCGACGUCAGCUUUGCCAUCUCGUUUGCCAAAGAACAGGAUGAUCCUGACCUCUGGAACGAUCUGUUGGAGUACUCCAUGGACAAGCCGCACUUCAUCCGCGGCCUUCUCGAAGAAGUCGGCACAGCCAUCGACCCCAUCAAGCUCGUCCGGCGCAUUCCCGAAGGCCUCGAGAUCGAAGGCCUACGCGACGGCAUUGGGCGCAUGGUCCGAGAAUACGAAAUCCAAUACUCCAUCUCUGAAGGCGUCGCGCGGGUCCUCCGCGGCGAAGUAGCAGCAGGCAUGGACACGCUGCGAGCUGGCCAGAAGCGAGGCGUCAAGUUCGAAGUGGUGCCUUGCCACGAUGGAGCCCCCGCGAAGCCAGCCAAGCAGCGACCUGUUAAAGGUCCAAUCGACAUUGAAACAAAGGGCAUGGAUCCAGCGACAGCCGCCAAAUACACAGCCAAAGCAGACAAGACUUCCACGGCUGUAUCCACAACCCCCAACAUCGACCCUACCCCGGCCAGCCCACCCCAAGGCGACGCUCCCCCAGGCCACUGCGUCGGCUGCCACCGUCCCUUCAUGCUGCCCACCGCCGAAGAAGAAGCCAUCACCACCGACUCCGACACGCCCUUACCCCCCUCCCGCGACACCCUCGUCGGCUUCGCCUGCGGCCACGUCUUCCACCUCAGCUGCCUUCUCCCCAAGACAAACGCCAGCCCCAGCGUCGCAGCAGGCGUCCAGCAACAAGUCGCUGCCGCCGCCGCCGAUGAAUCCGAAACCGCAGGCCGCUGGUCCCGCAGCGUAGGCGCUAAAGUCGCACACGCACAUGUUAUCAAGAAGGCGGUGGGAAGCGGUUGUGUCGUCUGCAGGGCCAGGGAAGUCGUGGCUGAAGAGUAG